AUGAGCGGCCCCGUGAUUCCGAUCGCUAGCGAAAGCUCUGGCUCCAACUUCAACUUCCGACUUCAUCCACCCUCUAUCCCUCCACGUCCCUCCACACUCGCGGCUCAAUUCCCCCCGUGGUCAAUUGCCCUCAACAUGUCGCUCUCCUCCGCUUCCAGCACUCUGCUGCGCACCGUCGCCCGCCAGCAGGUGCCCACCACCCGCGCCGCCGUCACCUCCUGCCAGCGGAGGGGAGUUGCCGAUGCGAAGUCAUCCUUCGAGUCUCCCUUCGCCAGCGCUAACGAGCGUGGCUCGACCCUGAAGAUCCCCAACUUCAGCAAGUACAAGUCCAACAGCUCGCCUCGCUCCAACCAGGUCUUCUCCUACUUCAUGGCCGGCUCCCUCGGUCUGGCCACCGCCGUCGGUGCCAAGGCUACUGUCCAGGACUUCCUGGUCAACAUGUCCGCCUCCGCCGAUGUCCUGGCCCAGGCCAAGGUCGAGAUCGCUCUCGGUUCCAUCCCUGAGGGCAAGAACGUCAUCAUCAAGUGGCGUGGCAAGCCCGUCUUCAUCCGUCACCGCACCCAGGGCGAGAUCGAUGAGGCCCGUGAGGGCAAGUGGGAGUCUCUCCGUGACCCCCAGCCCGAUGAAGACCGUGUCCAGCGCCCCGAGUGGCUCGUCAUGCUCGGUGUCUGCACCCACUUGGGUUGUGUCCCCAUUGGUGAGGCUGGCGACUUCGGCGGCUGGUUCUGCCCCUGCCACGGUUCCCACUACGACAUCUCCGGCCGUAUUCGCAAGGGUCCCGCUCCUCUGAACUUGGAGGUCCCUGCCUACAACUUCCCCGAGGAUGAGGUUCUCGUUAUCGGUUAA